GGGAACAUCAGCAGCAGCAGCAGUGAUUAAGAGCGCGCCCGCACCGUGACACUGACCCGAUCCGGCCGCUAGAUGGCGACAGAUAGAAAUCCUCAUGCCUUCAUGAAGUGUGAUGGUGUAUUCGAUUAUUCCGCACACCAUCGUUACACUGUAGCCUUGCAUAACAAUCAUGACAGCUAUACGGGUUUAAGACGCAUAGCAGACUCAACAUCUAGUCUAUGUAAGAUGAACACUGAGGACAAGCUGGAGGGUAUGCUGCUGAAGUGCAGCAGCGGCGGAGGGAUAGAGAAUAGAGUCGGGCUGGUCAGCGGCGGAGGGCUGGUGGUGAUGACCCUCGGGGAGCGAUCGCUGGCGAACCACCCUCUGCUAGCCGAGGACGACGACGACGACGAAGACGAGGAUGAGGACUUGACCGAGAGCUCGUUGGUGACACACGACCUGGUCCCUCCGGAGCAACUGAUGAUGCAGGAGGAGAUGACAAAGAAUGGUGCAGGAGGAGGAGGAGAAGAGGAGGGAGGAGGCGAGGUGGGAGUGCAUUUCCCCCUAAAACUCACCAAUAAGUUGCCGUGCUUGCUUCAUAUGCCAUUGAGCAUCAAGCAGGAACUGAAGCUGUCUGAGCCAGCGGUCCAGAUAAAGAAGGACAAAAAAGGAGUGAAAGACCUGAUGGUGUGUCCCAAGAAGAAAAAAAGGAAGCAGCGUUCACCAGCAAAGAUUCUCAGCAUCAAUGAUGAUGGCUCGUUGGGAAUUCAAAACCCCAAGUGUCACGUCUGCGUUCACUGUAAUGCUGCAUUCAGAACCAACUACCAUCUACAGAGGCAUGUCUUCAUUCACACAGGUGAGAAGCCAUUUCAGUGCAGCCAGUGCGAUAUGCGCUUCAUUCAGAAAUAUCUUCUCCAGAGACAUGAGAAAAUCCACACGGGUGAAAAACCUUUCCGCUGUGACGAGUGUGGGAUGAGGUUCAUUCAGAAGUACCACAUGGAAAGACACAAGAGGACUCAUAGCGGGGAGAAGCCCUACCAAUGUGACUACUGUCACCAGUACUUCUCCAGAACAGACCGGGUUUUAAAGCACAGACGAAUGUGUCACGAGAACAGAGAGAGAAAGACCAACAAGGCAGCUGGUAAAGUCGGGCCUUUGCGUGAAGCAGAUUCUUUAGGCCUCCCCUUUCUCGCCAAAGAGUGUUCACUGCCCAAGAAAAAGCGGCAAAAGUGUGCAGACAAGAGUUCAGGCGCUUCCACUGCUGCCCAGACAGAUGGGCACACCGUCGCUGUUGUAGAAACGGAGGAGAAGGGGGAGCAGAGACAGAGUAAAAUUGAAGGUCUACCUCUCUUUGUUGUGUCCUCUAAAGUCAAACACGAGUACGUGAUUGCAGACUACUCUGUGGAACUCCCUGAAGAAACGGCUAGUCAACACCAAGAGGGAGACGCGUCAUCAGAAGACACGACUCCUCCCAAACUUGUCCUCAAGAAAAUCCCCAAGAGGAGUCUUAAACAGUCCAGUGAACAAACUCCUCCCUGCCUGUCCACUUUGUCUUCCUUUGAGGAAAAUACUAAGGUCACGCAGUAUACCUUUGAACUCGUGGACAAGCAAGGCCUUUUAGACGUAGAAAGUAACACUGAACUCGAGUCAGUUGAAACUCUUCAAGGAGGACCAGCAAAGCCGGCAGCCAGCAGCACAAACUACGACGACGCCAUGCAGUUCCUCAAGAAGAAGCGUUAUCUUCAGGCUGCAAUGGCCAACAACAGUCGGGAUUACAGCCUAAACACGAGCAGCAUUUCUUCUCAGCCUCCUGUUACACAAACCGUGGUGUCAACAGUCAUCGACGAGACUGUCCCCGCCACCAUUCUGGAGCCCCAGCCCAUAAACGCAGAGAUUAAAGCGACGCAUGACAAGAAUGUGUUGCCGGACGAGGUUCUUCAGACGCUGUUGGACCAUUAUUCCAACAAAGCCAAUGGGCAGUCAGACAUUUCCUUCAGUGUGGCUGACACAGAGGUGACAUCAAGCAUAUCCAUUAAUUCCUCUGAUGUUUCAGACAGCAGCCCCGUGGAGAGUCUCGGAGCCUCUAGCGCCCAGGCUCAGCCAGCUAAUGAGAAGGUCAGCCUCUUGCAAGAGUACUCCAAGUUUCUCCAGCAAGCCCUGGAGAGGACCAGCCAGAACGACAGCUACCUGACCAGCCAGAGCCUCAGCUUGGUGUCCGAAAACCCCACCUUAGCUGGACAACCUCUGUUCUCCACUGAGAAACAGUUUCCUUCCCCCAGCAGGUUCAAAUCAGGGAUGAGCUCUCCGCUAAGGUCCACUUUAGAGAAACCUCACUUUGGAUUACUGGUCGGAGACUCCCAGCACUCAUUUUCAUUUUCAGGUGACGAGGCGACCCCUCCCUCUGCAGUGUCCCCAGCUGAGGAGGACUUUCUGGAGCAGGUCUCGCCUUCCAAAAAGACAGACUCCUCACAAGGCAUACUGCAGACUUUUCAAAUAAGCUCCUUCGAUCAGAACUUUAAAUCUCAUUUCCAGGCGGCAAGAUCUGGAUCCUCCUCUCAGUUUACUGUUGCCAAUGGACAAUUAAGUCUUCGAGGACACAGCACAGACUUCUCAGAGUUCCCCUUAGUCAGAGUCACUGAGACCAGGUCUCAAAUGAACUCCUCCCCUGAUGUUUCAUCCAGUGAAACCUUUGGCUGAAGGGAGGGAGGAAGAAUUCAUUUCUGUUUAUAAUUUCAGCAGCACUUUAUCUCAUGUCUCCUGUUUUGCCAAAACAAGCCCCAUUGCAACUUUGUGCUCUUUCUCAAACAGUUUUGUUGUAAAACAUAUUAAUGUUUUCUUGUUUUUUUCAAGUGUAACCUCAUGGAAUGGAAAUACUGAAAAUUGAAAAAUAAUAAUUAGCAUUUCCCCUUUAAGAAAAAAAGAUAUUGUAAUUGUUCAUGGGUAGAUUUCUUCCUCCAGAAUGUACAUUGAGAGAUUAAGUGACCAAAGUGUAAUGCAAGAGAUACAGUGAAAUAUUCUCUCAUACCAUCGCUGUAGAGUUUAUCUUUAAUGUUUUGUCAAUCAGUUUGCCUUGCACAAAAAAUGUCACUCUUGCUGCUUAAUGCAAUGCUUUUUUUCUUCUUUUCUUUUUAAAAGACACAGGCCCCUAUUUAUAUGCCAUUUUGCUCUUACUGCAUCUACCUCCCCUCGCUGUUCAUCUUUAAGUUCACUCCCUAGAGCUGUAAUACCUGAGAUCAGUCUUGGUCUUGUCUGAUUUAUUUAUUAACAUAAUCACUGCGAUUGGAGAUAAUCUAUCCUGCAAAUCACUUGACUCUUCUAAUUUGACUAGUUUUGAUUUGGUCCCAAUCCCUCAAAGUCUCGAUACACUCUGGUCUCGGUUUAGGCGGUCUUCACUACAACACUGCCUAGUACCUUUUUUAUUCCAUCUAUGUAACUCCUGUUAAACUGUCUCCUGAAAUGACGCCAUGGUUAGAUCAUAACAGAUUCUUCACUUUACGUUGAAGUCACUUUACUUUCACCUGAAAUGGGUGUUUCCACAUACGUGUAAUGAAUGCUACAAGAAAGAUGGAAUCGAUUGUAUUUAUUUGAUAUGAAAUCUAUUUUCCAUUGGACAGAUUGCACCUAAUUUGGUUGGUGUGAUGGCCAAAACAAAAACAAAAAAAGAAGAAAUUCUCAAUCGUAAAUUGUUUAAGAUUGUGUGGAUUAAUGUAUUCCCUUUGAAUUUCUUGGCACUUUUUUCCAAAUGUGACUCUAGUGCAGGAUAGCCUGUGUAAUAAGGCUGGGGUGUAUUAGAUUUAAAUCUUUUAAAAAGUCUCCCCCACCUGGAAAAAAGAAAAAAUAAAUCAAUAAAUUGGGCUAUCAAAUAGCUGCACACAUGUAAUGGUUGCAGGAUAAUUCUUAUUUUCCUUCAGAGGUAUAGGUGUAGUGAAAUUACUUAAGAAGAUUGUGCUUAACUUUUGCACAAUUUGCACAUUGUUCACUACAGAGAAUGUAGUUAUGUACUUUGACAGUGAAGGAAUUGCGUUAUACCUUAAAAGGCAACUUUUUGUCAAAUGAGAUUUGCUGAGAAUGACCUGUCGUGUCAGAUUUGGGUUAUUUCGCUUUUUUUCCCCCCUUUCGUCACGUUUUAUAGUACUUUGCACAUUGUUGUGCUUGUUGAAACAUGCUCAUGUUUUGGAGAAACAACAAUGUGAUUAGACCCCCUUGUAUUGAUUGAAAGUCUGCGUUUUAUUAAGGCUACAUUAUGAAAUGAGGAGAUUGGUUUUAUUCAUUUUGCAUCUGUGCCUUUCUUUUUUUUUCCAGGCUUUCCUUUGUUCAUUCCUGUAUAUGUAUUUUUUUCUUUUUUUGGCAGCACUCUAAGGCUACUAAUUCCACUUGCACAAUAACAACAAGAACAUAAGCUAUCAACCUAUUCAGUCUGUAAUACGUUGAGAUCUGGGAGCUUUAUUUAAUUUUGCAUAAUAUUUAGACUUUUUUUUUUUUUUAAUCAAGAAAUAGCACCAAGUUGAAUUCUCAAACUAUCAUCUGUGGUUGGAAGGAAAUGGCGUUUUCACUGACUGUGCUGCAGUGUGUGUAUACGAGUACCGAAUCACGUUUCAGAUAUCUGAAGUUUUGAUAAUGAUCACCGAUUUGCUAGAAUUCAGUAGUAAGCCACGUUCGUCUAGGCCUCGUUAAAAGCGAUUUAAAAAAUGCGAUUGAGUGAGGUUUCUUCUGCGCUUCAUCACACUGUUGAUUGUUUUUCAUGUGUACGUGUGUGUGCGAGGUGCUAUUGUGUAAAACACUGUUUUUAUAUGCGCCAUCCAAAUUAGGUUUGAUAAUUGAUGUUAAGCUCCCUCUUGUUACAAUUCUACUGACAAUCAGGGACAGACGGCACCCACAGUAAUCAUCAUACACUUUAUUUUUUUUCUCGUUGAUCAUUCCCACUAGAAUUUAAGGAACAUAUUCUGCUGUAAAUACAUUGUAUAUUUUUAUGUUCUGAGAAGUACUGUUUGAUCUGUGCGUCUAUAGAGUGACAAGUCUUGUGCAAAGAGACACUUUUUUUGUCAGUGGAAGGCACAUUGAUUUAGUUUCCCAGCAUUUAUCACAUUCGACAAUGAAUCCAUUUCACUCACUGACAAGAUGUGGCUUUCUGAGGCGUGUGUGUUUGUGUGUGUGUGUAUCUCACCACUGUUAUCAGAAGAAAAUCCACACAGUUUUAUUGAUGAUUGGUCAGAGUGAUUUCUUUUUGUAAUUUAAUGCAGAUGAUUGUGCAUUAUGAUGGGAUUUACUGUGUACUGUUGGUAACGAAAAGCCCCCAGAAUAUUCAAGUUCAUGUGGUUUUUAAGUAAUACUCCACCUGAAAUCAUCUUCUUUUUUUUGUUGUAUGAAAUCUGUAACCUCAACAGCUGUGGGUUCAUGUAAACUAAAAUAGAUUUUUGGUGGAGUGUAUCUCAAAAAUACCUUUUGUGGUUGCAAUAUUCCACUAGCUACGCAUUUCAUUGUAAGCAAUUACAGAAAGCACAGCGCGGAUGAAUGACUCAGUAAACUGUAUCCCAUGAAUUAUAUGAGCAGUACUAUUUUUUUUUUUUCCUUUUUCCUUAAUUAACUAUUGUCAGUAACCUGGCCAUAAGUGUCCUUGUAUAAGCUAGAGAAAAAAAAUAUUUGUUUUGUGUAAAAAGAUCUGAAUUAUGAAUUUUUUGAUAAAAACUAUUUUUGAAACAUGUCAUUUAGGCACUGAUAUGUACAGUAUAUCAUAUGCAGUCACUAUUGCUACCCUCAUUUAUCUCUGUACAAGUCGUUCGUGUCAAGAUCUUUCAAACGCAGAUGGGAAUCUCCUUCUCGAGUCCGAACUUUUGACUUUUCAUACUUUUAAAACGAACUUGACGAGGAAGCCCUACUGCUUCACUGUAAGGUUGAUCUCAAGUUAGACGGUAAGGUUUAUUUGCAUGGUCUCUAACUUGUCGGGUCGAGUGAAUUUGUUUUUAUGAAUAAUGUGCAGCUUUAAUUGUAGCUGAUUAAUUUCAGUCAAGUAACCCAUAUGAUUAGAUUUUUGCAAUAUAUUAUGAUUUGUAAACAAUCUGAUUCAAUUGUUGUUUUGAUUGUUGUGUGUCAUGUCCUUAUAAAUAAAAUAAUUCACAGUA